AUGAAAAUUGUGCAUGCAGUGGAUAAGAUGGUCCCAUGGCAUAAGCUUCCGGUUAUCUUGGGUAUGGCUUACCUUGGGUUACGCAGACAUCUUCAUCAAGAAUAUAAUCUCAUCAAUGUCGGUCAGACUCCGGUUGGGACCCGGUUCAAUCCUGCUGAUUAUCCGUACCGGACAGCUGACGGAAAAUUCACUGAUCCGUUUAACGAAGGCGUCGGCAGCCAAAAUAGCUUCAUCGGAAGAAAUGGUCCUCCCGUCGAUCAGAAAAUAAAGUUAUUGAAGCCAGACCCCAUGGUAGUGGCAACAAAAUUAUUAGCAAGAAAAAAGUUUAUCGACACAGGAAAACAAUUCAAUAUGAUUGCCGCUUCUUGGAUUCAGUUCAUGAUUCAUGAUUGGGUUGAUCAUCUUGAAGAAACUGAUCAGAUCGAGCUCGCGGCUCCAAAAGAAGUGGCGAGCGAGUGUCCCUUAAGCUCCUUUAGGUUCUUCAAGACAAAGGAAGCCCCUACCGGUUUCUUCGAGAUCAAGACCGAAUAUCAUAAAACGGAUUCGAGCGUCGUCUAUGGAAGCAACUCGAAAGCAUUGGAGAGAGUGAGAAGUUACAAAGAUGGGAAACUAAAGAUAUCGGAGGAGACGGGUCUCCUCCUCCAAGACAAGGACGGUUUAGCCAUCUCCGGCGACAUACGUAACAGUUGGGUCGGCGUCUCCGCCUUGCAAGCUCUCUUCAUCAAAGAGCACAACGCCGUAUGCGACGCCCUCAAGGAGGAGUAUGAUGAUUUGGAAGACGAAGAUUUGUACCGUCACGCUAGGCUAGUGACGUCAGCAGUGAUUGCCAAGAUUCACACCAUUGAUUGGACCGUUGAGCUUCUCAAAACCGACACUUUACUUGCUGGGAUGCGAGCGAAUUGGUACGGAGUACUUGGGAAGAAGUUUAAAGACUCUUUCGGGCACGUAGGGAAUUCGAUAUUGGGAGGUGUCGUUGGAGAAGAAACCAUGUCUCAGAUUGGGUUCACUAAACUGAUGGUCUCAAUGGGUCACCAAGCAAGUGGGGCCCUUGAACUGAUGAAUUAUCCAGUGUGGCUUAGGGAUCUUGUUCCCCAAGACUCCAACGGCUACGAUCGUCCGGACCGCAUCGACUUAGCUGCUUUAGAGAUCUAUAGGGACAGGGAGAGGAACGUUGCACGGUACAACGAUUUCAGGAGAGCUAUGUUUAUGAUUCCCAUAAAGAAGUGGGAAGAUCUAACGGACGACAAGGAAGCAAUUGAAGCGCUCGAUGACGUGUAUGGUGAUGAUGUGGACGAGCUUGAUCUUCUGGUUGGACUCAUGGCAGAGAAGAAGAUCAAAGGGUUCGCUAUUAGCGAGACUGCCUUCAACAUCUUCCUCCUCAUGGCCACAAGGAGAUUAGAAGCGGAUAGAUUCUUCACAAGUGAUUUCAACGAAACAACUUAUACAAAGAAGGGACUUAAAUGGGUGAAUGCUACAGAGAGUCUCAAAGAUGUCAUUGAUCGCCAUUAUCCUGAGAUGACCGAGACAUGGAUGAACUCUGAAAGUGCUUUCUCAGUCUGGGAUUCGCCACCACUUACCAAAAACCCAAUCCCUCUCUACCUUCGAACGUACCUUAAAUUAAAACGGCAAGCAGUUUAUUUCUAUGACACCGAACGACAGAUUUGGGAUUGUCGGUUUAUGGAUUACGGGAUGGAGGAUAAAAGAGACGCGUUUUACGUUGUUCGUAAGGGAGACAUCGUUGGUGUGUAUCGAAGCUUAAGCGAAUGCCAAGAACAAGCUGGAUCAUCUGUUUCAGAUCCUGCAAUGAGUGUCUACAAAGGAUAUGGUUGGCCUAAAGGAGCACAAGACUUCAUAUCGUCGUUUGGAAUUAAGAACGCUCUCUUUUCGAUCAAUGCAAGUCAUGUCAAAGAUGAUGUUUUUGGGAAACUCAUUCCUUGUCCUCUUCAGCAACCAUCUUCUUCCCAUGGAGGGACUUCACAGCCUAAGAGACUGCAAGGAAUGGGAAGUGAUGGAUCGGGUUUACUUUCCUCGAGUCCUCCGCAAAAGUAUCUUAAGGUUGAAAGUGGCGCGGUUCCUCGGGCUAUUCCUUCCAAUAACGAUUCAUGUACCAUUGAGUUUGACGGUGCUUCAAAAGGAAACCCAGGAAAAGCUGGCGCAGGAGCGGUUCUCCGUGCUUCGGAUAAAAGUGUGCUCUUCUAUUUGCGUGAGGGUGUGGGUAUCGCCACAAACAACGUUGCAGAGUAUCGAGCUCUGAUUCUUGGUCUGAGAUGUGCUCUUCAGAAAGGGUUUAGAAAUGUGCGCGUCCAAGGAGACUCAAUGCUUGUCUGCAUGCAGGUUCAAGAUGCAUGGAAAACCAAGCACCCGAAGAUGGCUGAGCUUUGUAAACAGGCCAAGGACCUUAAGAGGCAGUUUAAAUCAUUCCAUAUUGAACACAUCGACAGGGAGUUCAAUGCUGAUGCUGAUAGUCAAGCUAACCAGGCAAUCAUUCUCGCAGAUGGCCAAACGAAAGAGUUUGCAGGCGGCUAGAAGAGAAAUAAAAUAGUAUAUAUUCGUGUUUUCUUGUCUCUGGGAUCGUGUCUUUAACAUGCUAAGUGUUAACAUAAACGUGAACAUGUUCUGAUCUCUCUUUUGCUCUUGUCUCCAAGCCUGUUGAAGUUUCAGUCACUUGUUUUCUAAGUUUAAUCCCCAAGAACAUGUCUAUGUUUGUCUUCUUCUUUUCUUAAGGUUCUGUUCAAUUAGUGUUUCUAAGUAAUGUUUCUUUUUUUUUCCAUUAAAUAUUUUCUCUCGGCGAUCUUCCACCGUUACUAAUGGAUCUGCUUGAUCCGUACGGUGAAGAAAUGAUUCAUCACACGAAUGGUCGUCGUCCAACUUGCAUAACUUAUUAUAUACCUUGGAGUCUAGAAAAAUGUCGGUGGUUUUUUGUUUGUUCCGCCUAAUUUAAUACGUUGUAUAUAUUUGUAAAUUAUAUGAAAUGAAGAUGAACGAACAUGGCGG